AUGUACAAUUUUCUUAUUCUACAAGCGCAUUUUCUUAUGAUCCUCCAACUCCAUUUCUAACACCAAUUCCACCACCUUUCUUUCCACCAUUUCUCCCUCUCUCACACGCACACACUAGAAAGCACGUAUAUAUAACGUACAUAUAUACGUAGAAAUACAGAUAGUUCCACGAUGCCGGAAGGUCAUAGAGGACACAGAACGCGACAUAACCGCGGGCUGAGCCGAGAACCGGCCCGGGACAGAGUGCCGUUAAGGCUACUCCUCCGAGUGGCAUCAGUAGCCGGAGGGAUACAAUUCGGGUGGGCUUUACAGCUGUCACUACUCACACCAUACGUGCAAGAGCUCGGAAUUCCUCACGCAUGGGCUAGCAUAAUAUGGCUCUGCGGGCCGCUUUCGGGCUUGCUGGUUCAGCCUUUGGUUGGACACAUGAGUGACCGGUGUACCAGUCGGUUCAGUCGCCGGCGGCCGUUUAUUGUUGACGGAGCUGUGUCGAUCAUGAUUGCUGUGUUGAUCAUCGGUUUCUCAGCUGAUAUUGGUUGGUUGUUCGGCGAUAGGGGUGAGAAAAAAGUGCGGGCUAUAGCAGCUUUUAUAGUAGGGUUUUGGCUGCUUGAUGUUGCUAAUAAUUUGACUCAAGGACCUUGCCGUGCUCUUCUUGCUGAUCUUACUAGAAAGGAUCACAGAAGAACUCGAGUAGCAAAUGCGUACUUCUCCUUGUUUAUGGCUAUUGGUAACAUCCUUGGCUAUGCCACUGGAUCUUACAGUGGCUGGUUCAAGAUCUUUCCUUUCACCCUCAGUUCUGCAUGCACCGUCAACUGUGCCAAUCUCAAGGCUGCUUUUGUUAUUGACAUUAUUUUUAUUGCAAGCACUACAUAUAUCAGCAUAUCUGCAGCCAAUGAGCAGCCUCUAAGUCCCAGUCAGGUUGCCCCUCAUACUACCGAAGAGAUUGGAGAAUCAAGCCAUAGUCAAGAAGAAGCUUUUCUCUGGGAAUUAUUUGGAACUUUCAAGUUCUUCCCAGUUUCAGUUUGGGUGGUCCUGCUUGUCACUGCUCUGACUUGGAUAGGAUGGUUUCCAUUUCUGUUGUUUGAUACUGACUGGUUUGGCAGAGAGAUUUAUGGUGGUGAGCCAAAUGAUGGAAAGAACUAUAGUACUGGAGUUAGAAUGGGUGCAUUGGGUCUAAUGUUGAACUCAGUGCUCCUUGGAAUAACAUCAGUUUUCAUGGAGAAGCUCUGUCGGAAAUGGGGGGCUGGUUUCACAUCGGGAGUUUCAAACAUAGUCAUGUGUCUCUGCUUUAUAGCAAUGCUUAUAAUUAGUGUUGUUCGGAAUAACAUGGACAUUGGUCUGGAUCUACCCCCAGAUGGCAUUGUUAUCGCUGCACUAGUAGUAUUUUCUAUUCUUGGGAUCCCACUGGCAAUAACAUACAGUGUUCCGUAUGCUUUGGUAUCCUCUAGGAUUGAAGCUCUAGGGCUAGGACAAGGACUGUCAAUGGGUGUUCUGAAUCUAGCAAUUGUGAUUCCACAGGUAUCGUUUUGCUCAUCUAUUCUUUUGUUUCUUUUUAUUUCAUGUUGCUUCCAAGCCACUAAUUCUAUGGAUCCAAAAAGGGCUUGUCACAAAAUUUCAGCCCUUCCAGAUGUUUUGAGUGAAAGCACUGGAGAGAAACAGAGGCAUAGGAGAAAUGAUUUUUUUUGG